UCAAAGGAGACGCCAUCGACAGGCCGGUGGGUAGAGUUAUGUUAGACCGCUAGUCAGGCACCCGGGGUAUCUUGCAUCCCAACCUUGUAUUAGGCAUAUGACGCGCCGGCAAUCUGCACGGGGCCGGCCUGACUCUCUCCACUCUUCUCCCGACACGUCGCUGUGAGGUGUCCCGGGGGAAUGUCUGGCGAGUCUCACGUCCCGUUCUACGCGGUGGAAAGACCCGUCGAAGAGCCCGGGGCCACUAACAGCACCGCCUAUUUCCAUGCCCCUAACCGUCGUACCGCACUAGGUCCGGGCCUCGCUGACUUUCUUGACGUAAUCGAUCCCGAAGUGUCGACGUUGAACAACGUGACCAACAUUCAGAACUCGCUUUUUGUCCCGUCUCUAGGCAAAUUGAUCAACCGACGUCCAACCUAUCAGCUAUCUAACAACCGUGAUCCCACAGCCCCCCGAGACGAGGAAGGAGAAGGCGAUGAGUUCACCUUCAAGCAUGCCGUGCUCCCCGACGGCGUGUUCCUCGAGGGGUGGAGUGACGGGGAGAAGGCCGAGCUGAACGACUACGUGCGGCAUAUGCUGCACUCGCGACGGUCCAAGUUCAAGCGUAAGAUGAGGGCCUUCGGCAAGUAUGUCAGGAAGCCGCUCGGCUUCCUAGUGACGCUGUACGCGACGCUUAUCACCCUCUUUGGUCUGGCAUGGGUCCUGUUUCUUAUCGGUUGGAUAUACGUUGGCAAGGAGCAGCUCUACGCCAUUAACGUCAUCGACAAUGUCCUCGUAGCCCUGUUCGCCGUCGUUGGCGAUGGCCUCGCGCCUUUCCGCGCUAUCGACACCUACCACAUGGCCUUCAUAGCACACUACCAUCGUCUAACGUGGAAGCUGCGCAGGAAAAGGCACAUGGGAGGCUUGCGAGACAAGAACGACCUGCCGACGAUCCUGGAACCCGAGGCUGCCCAUGAAGAAGUCUCCGUUCUCAUGGCUGAUCAAGAGGCGCGGCUCGUGCAUCACCAGACGAAAUUCGCCAGAUCCCACACCUUUUACAAGCCGCACGAAACGAAAACUCACUACGCAUUCCCGCUGAACCUGCUUGUAGCGAUCGUCGCCCUGCUCGACCUACACUCGUGUCUACAAAUCGCGCUGGGCGCGACGACGUGGGGGAUCGAUUACCACACGCGGCCUAUGGCCAUAACGGCGACGAUCCUGAGCUGCUCUAUUGCGGUCAACAUCACGGCGGGGGUUCUGAUCGGCAUCGGCAGCCGGCGCACGCGCAAGAAGGACGUGGUCGAGCGCCUGUUCCGCCAGGAGCUGACGCGCGAGGCCUUCGGCAAGCUCCGCGUCCGGGGCAAGAAGCAAGGCAACGCCGGGAAGCAGCUCAAGGCGGAGAGGGCCCUCGAGCAGGGGAGGCAGAGCGAGGCGAACGACGGCGAAGGCGAUGGGGCGCUAGUGCGAGAGCAGCCAGCUACGCAGGGGGGCGACGCGAGGGCAGAGGCGGAUGUACGGUAAUUUCGAAGCAUGUGCAUUGGAUAGCACUGAUUUCACUUAAUACCUACCUAUGUAGCAGCUCA